UUUGUUUUGCUCGACCCAUUCUCUUUUUAUAAACACAACAUGGAGGCUUAAUAUGAAUGGAAUGUUUUAGUUUUUUGUCCUAAUAUAAUGACAGUUUAUUCUUUAUAAUUUAUUCAAACUGGAGUGGCUUUCUAAAAUGCCGACAAAGCUGAAGAAGGAUAAGGACAAGAACUCGGAGAAGAAGGAGAAGAACAAAAGUGAUCAGGAUGAAAAAAUGAAGAACACCAAUCCUCCACCACAAACGCCUGUGGUGAAAAAGACCGGCAUGGCACAGCUUCUUAAAAGAGACAAACGGCAGGGCUCUUCUGCCUUCAAUAUCAGCAAAAAUAGAGAAUUACAGAAACUUCCUUUAAUGAAAGAUGUUUCACAAAGUGAAAAAGAAAAUUUAUUUAUUCAAAAGCUACAACAAUGCGGCACUCUUUUUGACUUUAUUGUUGAUCCAUUAUCUGACUUAAAAUGGAAGGAAGUGAAGCGAGCAGCUCUGAACGAAAUUGUUGAUUAUGUCACACAUCAUCAAGGUGUAAUAACUGAGGCAAUUUAUCCAGAAGCAUGCGCCAUGUUUUCUAUUAAUGUAUUUCGUUCUCUACCACCAUCUGCAAAUCCAGCUGGUGCUGAAUAUGAUCCGGAAGAGGACGAACCAACUCUUGAAGCUGCUUGGCCGCAUUUACAGAUUGUGUAUGAAUUCUUUCUGCGUUUUCUCGAAUCACCUGACUUUCAACCAAAUAUUGCAAAGAAAUAUAUUGAUCAAAGAUUCCUCAUAUCUCUUCUGGAUUUAUUUGACAGUGAGGACCCACGCGAAAGAGAUUUUUUAAAAACUAUAUUGCAUCGGAUUUAUGGAAAAUUUCUUAAUUUACGCGCUUACAUUAGAAAGCAAGUUAAUAAUUUAUUUUACAGUUUUAUAUAUGAAACAGAAAGACACAACGGUAUUGCUGAACUGUUGGAAGUGCUCGGAAGCAUUAUCAAUGGUUUUGCACUGCCAUUGAAAGAAGAACACAAAGUUUUCCUGCUGAAAGUAUUGCUUCCUCUUCACAAAGCAAAAGCUUUGAGCAUGCACCAUCCACAACUAGCUUACUGUGUUGUACAAUUUCUGGAGAAAGACCCAACUCUGACUGAACCUACAAUCAUGGGACUGCUUAAAUUUUGGCCUAAGGUUCACAGUCCUAAAGAAGUUAUGUUUUUAAAUGAGUUGGAAGAAAUUCUGGAUGUUAUUGAACCAAAUGAAUUUGUGAAAGUUAUGCAGCCUCUGUUCCGAAAGCUUGGUCAGUGUGUGUCUAGUCCUCAUUUCCAGGUUGCAGAAAGAGCAUUAUAUUAUUGGAAUAAUGAAUACAUUAUGAGCCUUGUUAGCGAUAAUGCUACUGUUAUCAUACCUAUUAUAUUCCCAAGUCUUUAUAAACAUUCCAAAAGUCAUUGGAACAAAACAAUACAUGGACUUAUUUACAAUGCUUUGAAACUGUUAAUGGAAAUGAAUCAACGUUUGUUUGAUGAAUGUGCAACUGUUUAUAAAGAACAAAUGGAAAGAGAACAACAGAAAAUGGAGGAAAGAGAAGCUGCAUGGCAUAAAAUAUUCGAUUUAGCACUGCAAAACCCGCACUCAACAAAACAUUUAAAUAUUGAUCCGGCUUUACUUGAAGACUUUCCAUCUCUGGCAAAUAAAAUGAAUGAAUUGAAUAAAGAACGAAAUAAUAAUAAAAAUAUAAUAGAUGUUGAUGAACUUCAUCUUGAGGUUGAAAGUGUUGGUGAAAUGAAACAACAUAACCAGCAACGACUGGGUUUUCGGCGAAAAUCCGAACUACCUCAUGACUCAAUGACGAUACAGGCUUUACAAAGACACACGCAUCCUGAUGAGUAUUUAACCAGUCAACAGGAAAGUUGAUCUUUUACGUGACAUAUUAUUACAUCAGAAUUUUUUAACUUGGGUGGUAUCCUUACAGAUUUCAUCUUUUACUGUCCUGCUUUCAACAGUGAAGUUGUAGCUCUGUGUCAUGACGUGUAUUGAAGAAGCAUGCAGUUAAAGUUUCGGUUUCAUUUUAAAGUUUUUCCUUUCACUAGUUUAUUUUUGGCAAUUCCAAUAUUUCAUAUUUUUAAGUACGAAAAGUGAAAACUCACUGAUCUGUUGGUUGUUCAGAUGUAAUCAGAUAUCCUACGUUGUAUUGGAGGUACAAGUUGAGAAAAUGUUUAAAACUGUACUUUUUUUCAAAUAUUGCACAUCUAUUGUUCCCUGAAUAAUAACAACAAUCAUUUGUAACCGAUUUUUUUUAUUUUAAACUUUCUUUUUAUUUAAAUUGUGUUAUGGUCUUAGUCUGUGAAAAGUUUUAGGAUGGAUUGUAGCUGCAAAAAUAGGAGGAAUACGUAAAGUCUCAUUUCUUCUUAUACACUUUUAAAGAGCGAAAAUUAGUACGUAUAAAGUAACAUUUUUUCGUAUUGAAAAUUACCCCCUUGUCCACCGAGUUCUUGAUAACUAGUCGUUAGUCCGUGGACAAUUCCACAGGGGGUAGCCUGUGGUAUAUAUUUCCCGAAACCUGCCCCCUUGUUAGCAUGAAGUAAGAAAUUUCUUGGAUGGGGGUUAUUACCAAAUAAUUAUACGUGCGAUUAUAAUAGCUAUUUCGAUUACAAACCCCCCGGUUUUUAUAUUGGCUUACAGACAGACAGCGAGUAUUAUAAUAUGUAGGGAGGCGUAUUUUGCCUAUAUUAAUACAAUUUGAUGCUAUCAGAGUUUACUAACUUUCGUCCUAGAAACUUUUCCCAAACACUUUUUUCUGUUUUAGCGCUUCUUUCGUAGUAUUUCUAUUAUACAAUUCUAUUACAACAAUUAGAAUUUCCGUGGUAUUGAUCAAAAAUAAGUAUUUGAUGCAGGCGGAUUAAUUUUCUUUAUCAUUUGCUUAUCUAUUGUGUUACAGAAAGGGGUACAAUGUAACAGGUUCUCAACAAUGUUUGCAGUAUCCCCCGUUUUAAUCAAAAUCUGUAUAGCAGUUUAUAAGGAAACUUUAGUUUGGUUGUGUCGAAUGACUAUAUUUGGUUAACUGUAAAAGGGAAAAAUCACUGCAACGGAGAGCAAUAUGUUGAUAUUUUGUUUUUGUUUUGUGUUUAUUUGUAUUUAAACUUUUGUAUCAUUUGUAUAUAUCAUUCUGUAUAUUACAGAAAAAUAAUGAAAUAUAUAAAGCUUAGCACAUUAAA